AUGUUGCAACGGAAAAUGCCAGUUGAGUGUCAUAUUCUCUGUUAUGCCGAUGAUACGCUGGUGGUGGCGCUGGGAAACUCUAUGGAGGAAGCUAGUGUUAGAGUAGAGCUUGGUGUGGCCUUGGUGGUAAAGGUGAUAUUGGUCAGAGGGACCCCGGUGCCUGUCGACACGAGUCUUAAGUAUCUGGGAUUAACAUUGAAUAGAACAUGGUCCUUCAGCGAGCACUUUGCGCGUGUGCUCCCGGCGGCGGAGCGGAUGUCGUUGGCAUUGGCUCGUUUGAUGCCGAAUCUGAGGGGGCCGAAUGAGUUUUCACGUAGGCUCUAUUGUGCGGUAAUUCACUCUGUUAUCUUCUACGAUGCCCCGGUUUGGGCCCCCACUUUAAGUUCGAAUCGCAGAGUGGUGAGGAAGAUUUGCGCGGUCCAGCGUAGGGUAGCUCUUCGUGUGAUCGCGGCGUAUCGUACGGUAUCGUACCAGGCGGCCUUUCUGUUGGCUAGGGUUAUCCCGGUAGAAUUCUUAGCCGAUAGAUACAGAAGAGUCUUCUUGGACACCCGGGAGAUUCAGGGUCGGGAUAUUCCUGUCACAAACAGGAUGUAUGCCCGAAUCAGAGAGGGGGCGCUUGAGGCUGCGCUGGACGCCUGGGCUGAGGCGUGUGGGAGACCCAGUCCAACGGCGGUCGAACUUAGGGGGGCUCUAAUCCCAGUGUUGGCUAGGUGGUAUGGGCGCUCCCAUGGACAUCUCACCUACAGAAUGACCCAAAUGCUAACGGGGCACGGCUGUUUCCGCUCAUUUCUUUUGAGGAUUGGGAAGGUUCCGCAUGGAAACUGUGUCUUCUGUGGUGACCCGAUUGACUCUAAUGUGCACACAUUGCGCUCGUGUCCCGCAUGUAACACCGAAAGAGAGGAAUUAGUUGGGACAGUCGAUCCUGAUCUCGAUCUGAGAACGGUGAUCUGUUCGAUCCUGGAGUCGCGGGAAAAAAAAAAAGAGGACGAAAGAGCCAGACAGGCACGGGUCAUAGUGGAAUCUGAUGACGAGGGCAUAUCGGAGGACGAGGAGGAUGACUAG